GAUCUUGGAAUAGGCCUCACCAUGGAGUCCAUCUCGGUGAUGGGAAGCCCCAAGAGCCUGAGUGAAACGUUUUUGCCCAAUGGCUUAAACGGCAUCAAAGACGCAAAGAAGGUCACCGUGGGUGUAAUCGGCAGUGGGGAUUUUGCCAAAUCCCUGACCAUUCGGCUUAUUAGAUGUGGCUAUCACGUGGUGAUAGGAAGUAGAAAUCCUAAAUUUGCUUCUGAAUUUUUUCCUCACGUGGUGGAUGUCACUCAUCAUGAAGAUGCUCUCACCAAAACAAAUAUAAUCUUUGUUGCCAUACACAGAGAACAUUACACCUCCCUGUGGGACCUGAGACACCUGCUUGUGGGGAAAAUCCUGAUUGAUGUUAGCAAUAACAUGAGGGUAAACCAAUACCCAGAAUCCAAUGCUGAGUAUUUGGCCUCGUUAUUCCCAGAUUCCUUGAUCGUCAAAGGAUUUAACGUUAUCUCAGCUUGGGCGCUUCAGUUAGGACCUAAAGAUGCCAGCCGGCAGGUGUACGUAUGCAGCAACAACAUUCAAGCUCGGCAACAGGUUAUUGAGCUUGCUCGCCAGUUGAAUUUCAUUCCCAUCGACUUGGGAUCAUUAUCAUCAGCUAAGGAGAUUGAAAAUUUACCCCUGCGACUGUUUACUCUCUGGAGGGGGCCAGUGGUAGUCGCUAUCAGCCUAGCCACAUUUUUCUUCCUUUAUUCCUUUGUCAGGGAUGUGGUACAUCCAUAUGCGAGAAACCAGCAGAGUGACUUUUACAAGAUUCCUAUUGAGAUUGUGAAUAAAACCUUGCCCAUAGUUGCCAUUACUUUGCUGUCCCUGGUCUACCUAGCAGGUCUCCUGGCCGCUGCUUAUCAGCUUUACUAUGGCACCAAGUAUAGGAGAUUUCCACCAUGGUUGGAGACCUGGCUACAGUGUCGAAAACAGCUGGGAUUGCUAAGUUUUUUCUUCGCCGCCGUCCAUGUUGUCUACAGCCUCUGCUUACCAAUGAGAAGGUCAGAGAGAUACUUGUUUCUCAACAUGGCUUAUCAGCAGGUUCAUGCAAAUAUUGAAAACUCUUGGAAUGAAGAAGAAGUCUGGAGAAUUGAAAUGUAUAUCUCCUUUGGAAUAAUGAGCCUUGGUUUACUUUCCCUGCUGGCGGUCACCUCUAUCCCAUCCGUGAGCAAUGCUUUAAACUGGAGGGAAUUCAGUUUCAUUCAGUCUACCCUGGGAUACGUCGCUCUACUCAUAAGUACUUUCCAUGUUUUAAUUUAUGGAUGGAAGCGAGCUUUUGAAGAAGAAUACUAUCGGUUCUAUACACCACCAAAUUUUGUUCUUGCUCUGGUUUUGCCUUCAAUUGUAAUUCUGGGUAAGAUUAUUUUACUCCUUCCUUGUAUAAGCCGGAAGCUAAAAAGAAUUAAGAAAGGCUGGGAAAAGAGCCAGUUUCUAGAAGAAGGUAUUGGAGGAGCGAUUCCUCAUCUCUCACCUGAGAGAGUCACAGUAAUGUGAUGAUGAUAAAUGGUGCUCACUGAUGCCAGUCAAAGCUCUACUUACGCCAUGAUUUUUAUUAACUUAAUGUGGGGUUGAAGGGUUUGUGUCAAUGUGUGUCAAACUUGCUGUGGGCUGAAACCUGUUAAUUGAGGUCUUAACCAAAUUAGUGGUGGAUUUAUUUUUCCAAAAUAAUUUUCACAAAUGUCAUAUUUGACCAAUUUGAAUUUUGGGAGCUAAACAUACUGUUGAACUUUAGGUACAUUUUGUUUUGUUUGGUAUAAUGGUAACACUGUUGUUGUUUGAACGAAACAAGAUUUCAUAAUCAGGUCAAUAUAUUUAUUUAAUAAUAUAAACAUACUUCAUCAUGUUAAAAACAAUUUGCAAAGGAGCAGAAUUUUAAGCUUUGAAUAUCAUUCAAAAAAUUUCAUCCAAAGCAUUUUUUUUUCUGAAGCUUCAGGCAGGUUUUACUUAUUGUACAACUUAAGAACUAGAAAUAUACACUCAUUUUUUAAGGGACAUGUUACAUUAGCAUCUAAGUAAGGGUGCGUGGUAACAUUCCUCUCAUAAAAUAGAAUAUAAAGGCCAUAGUUAAAUCAUAUGAGUCAAUAUGACGCUACACAAAUUUAAAGGAGUAACUGAUUGGUAAUAUGAAAUGUAUACUGAAAAUGCAGUAUUUUACUCUUAGUUUUAUUUCAGAACAGUUUAAUAUGUAUAAUAAUAUGUUGACCGGGGUAAGGACUUAGUAAUAUUCUUCCUCCAAAAUGGAUGUUUCUAGCAUAAUACCAACCCUGGGAAUCUUAAAAGUAUUCCUUUGUUAGAGGGAAAGUGUCAAUUUUACACACCAACAGUUGUCAAUCAACCCACAUGUUUGCGCUGUAAGCAGUUGCUACCCUCUAGUUUGUAAUGGGAGAGUUUUAGUGUGCCAAGCACUGUUCGAAGCACUUUACUUGUCCUGUCCCAUUUCAUACUUAUGACAACCCUGUGAGGUAGGUAGCUCUGAACCUCAUUGUACUUGGGAGGAUACUGAGGGUUCAAAAAGUACUUUGUCCAAGGUACUAGGACAAUGGUUAGUGCAUACCUAACCUAGCGUUCCCGUCCAGAGGCUGUGCUCAGCUCUCCUGUCCCUGCUCCAGCCCCAUGUACUUUGCUCAAGAUACCAGUCUCAGUAGGUGCCUUCUUGUAUAAAGCCAUUGACAUUUUUUGAUGGGGGCAUUAACGCAUUCUUGCUUGUUGGAUAAUCUAUUUCUGUUCACCUGGCCCGACCUGGAACAUGCACCUUGAGAUUAGAAGCAGACACAGGAAACCUCCCUUCUGAGGACUACUAGUGUCAAGCAGAAGGAGGACCAGCACACUGAUAAGGAACGACUAAGGUCCUACAGAAUCUUUUUAAGUUCCUGUAGGCUUUGGUCAUUUUCUCGUCCUUAGGUGUCCGCCUGCCUGCUCAACCAUUCAUUAGGGAGCAAUUUGCAAGCAUGGAGGAUACUAGGAUAAGUGGUUAAUUAUAAAUCUACUCCAGGAACAUAUAAUCAUGUGAAUUAUUCAUAACAAUUUUUCUGUGCUCACAUUCUACAUUUAAAUUGCAGUUUGUUAAAAAAAACGUUGGCAAGAAUGCGCCAUUUGUUCUUAUUCAAAUAACAAGUGGCAGGCUAGAUUCAAUUAGAUGCAUUUCUCCUCUUAGAAUGAUAACAUAUCUAAAUUUACCCACUGACACAUUGAUGGAUCCAGCUGACAAAAUAUAGAAGGACUUCAUUUAUGGGGUUACCUUGACCCAUCUCUGGCUCUUUCCCUCCUAGUACAUUGGUCAGGGACUCUGGAAUCGCUCUCGUCUGGCCCUUGUACUUUCUUGAACUCUCCUUUUUCCUUAUUUUAGUUAUAUUCUUCCCCUCUUAAUGAUCACCCACGACUUCUUAGUGGGAAUUCAGUUGGAUGAUAACUUUUAGGGGUUAAACACCUAUAGAAAUAUUUACUAUUUUAGUGCACAAGUGAAAACAGCCUAUUUCAGUACUUUCUGAUCCCUUAAAUUUUACCUUCUCAAAGCCAUCCUUUAACUAUUUACUGUGAAAAUACAGUGGAAUUGGUUUAAAAAUUUGAUGUGUUUUGAAGUCUACUGUUGCAUGUAUAUAUUAAGUAGCCAGUAAUAUAGAUAAGGAAAUCACUAGUGCAGAUUAAUGGAGCAUUUGAAAUAUGAAAUGGUGAACUUUUAUGAAGAUGCAUAAAAAAUCAAACUGUUGCUUCCAGUAGUAAUAUCUCCUUUUCAGGACUACCAAUAUUCAGUAAUUUCAAAUUUUUGCCGUAAAUGUACUGUAUUCAUUAUAGUUCUUAAAAUCUUUGCAUUUUUAAAAUGCAAAAAUAUUCAUUGAGUUUGUGUUGGUUUACUUUGCUAAUCUGAUUAUUCUUCUUAAUGGUUAUUCUUAAUAAUCAUUUUAUUUCUGAGUCAUAUUCUGGCCUUAAAAUUCUGUUGUUACAAAUGAGGAAAUGGGGUGAGGGUGUGGGACUUUAGACAGUGGAAAUUUGUUUCAUGAUCUGUGUUUGGAGAAGUGCCCACGAGCAUAUUGUAAGGUUAUACAAAACAUAUUCAGUCAUAAUUCUAUGCAAAAAAACAACAUCAAGUAAUUUUUUUCUAAGAGGAAAAUAACCAUGGACUAUAUUGUGCUAUUUAGCUUUUAUGUGAAAUUUUCAUACCUCUUUUAAGAGCAUUUGAAACCAUACUUAAUAUUGAAUACUAUAUAUUAAUGCUAUCAUAUAUUUUUUCAAUACAUACAUGAAAAGUUAGCCCAGAUUAUCCACAUGUGAGAUUUUUUUAUUUCAGCAUUAAAAUAUUUUAAAUUAAGAAUAAAUUAUAUUUAUAGGUAUUUAUUAAAGGCCAUUUUGUGGUGCACAAGGAAGUGACUUAGCCCUAGUGUUAAACUACCUGAUUUGUUUCAUAUAAAUUAGCAUGACCUUGUCUUAAUUAAGGGAUUUUACUUUCCAAAUUAAGUCUUUUGAUAGUAAUAAUUAAAGUCUAUUCAGAAUACAUUAUAGCCCAAUUUAUGAAAGUUUUGGGUACGAAAAGACUUCGAGAGUAUACUAUAUCCUUUUGGUGUUGUUGUUGUUGUUCAAUUCUUAGGCAUUGUGAUGAAGCCUUAAUUCUUUUUCAUUUCCUUUUGCCAUUAAACUAUUUCAUAAAAAAUGUACAAAGAAAUUCUUCCCCUUCCCAAAAUAAGAAGUUUAAUUAUAAAAUUUAAGAUUCUUACAUGCUGUUUUAACAAAGAACCACAAAUGUAAUUCAUAGCUAUUUCUUUAGGAAUACUAUAAGCGCUGAACUAAUUAUACCCAUGCCAGACUAUAAAAUACAUAGAACCUCUUAAAAUGUCACAGUGACACUGUUUUAUAAAACCUUGACUUAGAGCCAUGCAGCACACAGUUUAAUAUACCUUAAUCCAUGUAAAGAUUUCUCUUUGUGAUAUGUUGUAAUGAAAAUGUGAUGUUCUGUUUUCAGUUGAUCCUAAAUCUAAAACAAGUUCUGGUAUGUAUAUGUAAUUAGCUCUGAGUGAGACUGUAAUAUUUUUAGUGGAAACAUAAUUUGUUCGUACCUUUGAACAAUGAGUUUUGUAAGUGAAUAGUAUUCACUUUACUUCUAAAGAAAUUAUAAAGUGCUUAGAAUGCAUAGGCUCUGUCCACAUUAAAAAAACAAAGUUUAGUUCAGCCUAACACAUGUACACACUGAGAGGCUUUUAAUUUCCCUGAGUUCUCCUUGUAGCAUCCUAAUUGAGGGCAGAACAUAUAGAUUUUCUCAGUGAUUUUAAAUCCUAAAAGCAGAAACGUUUUCAUGAUUUCCAAAAUUGCCAACUUCAUGGAAGUAUUCUCUUAAGUUACUGAGAUCUUCUUUAAAGGAGUUUCCCAGCUUUGUAGACAUUAAUCUUGAACAGGUACUGGAAGCUAUCUCCCCUCUUUCCCUUCCUUCUUCGAAAAGCGGCUGUCCCUCACUUUCCCUACCUAGCCUUGAGGUAAGAGUAUCCAUGAAGCUGAGGGCUCGCCAGCGCGAAAUAAAGGGAGGUUUGUGCGGCUGUCUGGAGUCCCUGGGCAACGCAGACCAUUAGCUGAAAGUUGAUGGUUGAGUCGGCCCAAAAGUGUCAAAGAAAAAAACCUGAUGAUCCACUUCCAUUGAAAAGCCCAGGGGGCUCAGUUCUACUCUGACACAUGGAGGUCAUCAUGAUUUGGGGUUGGCUCCAUAGUAACUGAUAUGUGUGAUUCCUGGAAGUCUCCUUAACAGGAAAAAAGCUUGUGUUCUUUAUGGUCUUACCCCAUCUUACUUCGGGAAAUGUGGGCAGGGUGGCAGAAUGCCGAGCAGGUGUCCGCAAGAUCAAAACCACCCCAUGAAGAAAGCACAAGGGAGACCUGAAAGACUGCUGCACGCCUCCCAGAGAGAAUCGCCCGCCCAGCCUCUGUGGAUUUGAGUUGCUUUGUUAACGAAGCCAGACUACCCUUUUCUGUCUUUCAGUUCUCUGUCGCGAUACCGUGAGCACUGUUUGAAUAAACUAGACUGCAAUAAUUCUAGACCUUUAAAAACUUUUAAAGGGUCAUGCGCAAUUCACAUUAGAACUGAUUUUCAUAGGUCAUUGAGUUUACUCAUCUUCUUGCCUUGAUCUUUCAUUAGAUGCUUUUUGUGGGGGUGGGGGCAGGAUGUUUGGACAAAAAGGUUUUUGGAAAAGGUCUGCUUGGAAAAUAGUGCUUUCUUGAUAACUUUGUAAUUGAUAUUUGCUAAAACCCUGUCUCCAAAAUACAGUUAUCAAAUUGUGUGCCAUGUUUUUAUACCAUUCUCAUAGAUCUGCCUUAUGAACAUCUAAAUAAAAAGUAUUAUAUAAUG